GACAGGAGAUUUGAUUUGACGGACGGAGCUCGGGCCCGGCCGCUUGUCAAGUGAAUUUGUGCUGGUGACAACAUGUCAUCCUCAUCCAGUGACGUUUUCGCCGCGGCGAGAGAGGAGGCGUUCAAAGAUUUCUCCCAUUUUGACGAGGCGACCGUGCCCGUAAAUGUCUGCAAGCCAGUGCCACUGCAACCACUGAAACCGACGUCCGCAAUCAUUCUUACCGGGUACAUACCUGAGCACGCUUCAAGAUUUUCGGUGAAUCUAACGUGCAAGACGCCUGGGAACAUCGCCUUGCACUUCAAUCCGCGGUUAGACAGGGGAUACAUCGUCCGAAAUACGAGACUGCGUGGAACGUGGGAGGACGAGGAGACUUGCUCGCCUGCCGGUCCAAGCGGGUGCAUUCUUCGCCGGAAUAUUUACGUGCACCUCAUGAUCUUUUGCACGAACGACGCGUUUCAGAUUGCGGUAAAUGGAGAACACUUCUGUGCCUUUUCCUACAGAUCGCCCCUGGAAGACGUCACAGCCCUCGAAGUGAACGGGACCAUCGAAGACGUCAGGACACGCCAGCUUAAUCUGUUCGUCUAUCCAGAUCCCAAUGUUUACAGACCGUCCCGAGCGUUGGUGCUGACGGGGGAGGAACCACUCGUGGAUUUUUUAGACGUUCCCGUCACUGUUAACUUUGGAAGCGAAUUUCGUGUCGGUACUCGUUUGACCAUCGCUGGGAGAUUGAAGCUACUCCCGUACUCAUUUUACGUGAAUCUGCAGAAGGGCAAGACCAUUUACCCUCACCCCAUCAUACCGCUGCAUUUAAAUCCGCGAUUCCUGUACGGCAGUAGCGCGCCGUACGUCGUCAUGAAUUGCUGGAGUAACGGCGCGUGGAGCCACGAGGAGCGACACCAAGGUCAAUUAUCCUGGAUGCCCGGUCGAGAUUUUUUGCUUACCAUUCGUUGCGAGUAUGAGGGGUACACCAUAUGGUUAGGCAACAGGAUGAUCGGCGAAUUUAAGCAUAGGCUGCAGUCGUCGAUCGUGGACACCUUACGAAUCUCCGGCGAUGUCGUACUUUACCAGCUUAGCAUGCAUUACGCUUGAACUGGCCUCAAGAAAAUUGCAAACAGCAGCAGCGUAGUAACAAGGACGGGAUGGCGGAUGAUUAGAGUGCGGAGUGCUUUUACAUUUAUCGAUACUCUCUCUUGUAUCUUGGGACAAUAAGUUUAUUCAAGACUGUUAAUCCCAUUUACAUACGAGCGUAAGAGCUUGUGAGUAUAAAAAUUGAACAGCUGCUUCCGGAGAUUAGGAUUUGUAGAGAACACAGAAAAUGCAAAUGCUUUUGAUACUGUCUUUUUAUACGAUAGAGAAUAGGAAAACGUGAUUCAUUGAGCCCUAGCGUAUUUUACAGUCGUUGUUUACAGAUAAAGAAAUCGUCGCAAAUAUACGCAACAUCAAUAUAUUCUCAAUGGAAAGCUAAAAAAUAUUUUCAUCCACGCAUGCAGGUAUAUAUGUAUGUAUAUGUAUAUGCAUACGUGUGUGCGUGGCUUUGUAUGAUAUAUUUGUAUAUAUUAUAAGACCUACAUAUACUUAUUUACGAGAAUAAAUCAACGUUGAAUAAC